AUGUUUGGCGGAGGAGCAGGGCAAUCGACGGGUUUUGGGUUUGGUGCUGCCAACAAUCAGCAGCAGCAGCAGGGCGGUGGAGGAAUAUUUGGGGGUGGACAGCAGCAAAAUCAGGGAGCCAGUAACCGUGAGUAUCUUUGCCCACUGAAUGCGCUGACCAAGUGAGGAGCAGGCGCCGUCGCGGUCCAGGGCGUAGGAGCUUCUCUCUGAUUGCUGAGCAGAUCUCAAAGCGACUCAGCAGCAGAUGGCGGCGCGCAAACUCGCGGAGGCGUCCUUGAGCGUGUUGUUGCCACCUCGAAUGCGCCUCAUCUUGCUUCUCUGACAUCUGUGUCCGGCUCCUCCUUGCUUCCAUCCUGCUGUCUUCUCAGCAUUUGGCCAACCAGCUCAACCGAUGUUUGGCCAGCCUGCUGGGUCAGCUGCCUCAAAUCCAUUUGGUAGCACGGCUCAGACGCAGCAGCAGUCACAGCCGUCUACCAGCUUUUCAUUUGGCAGUGCUGGUGCUUCGACUGCUCAGCAGCCUUCUACCUUCGGUGUCCAGGCUAACAAGCCCGCUGGAACGUUUUCCUUCGGAGCUGCCAACACUGGACAGACACAGAGCUUUGGAUUCGGUGAGUGAUUGCUCAAGCGCUGUUGAGCUCAAGACAAUGCACGACGCAGCACACAGAAUAUCUUGUCAUUGCAUCGAUGAGCAUUUUACGGCAGGGCUGACACCACAUGAGUUGCGCGAUUGAACAGGUGCCCCUCAGCCCGCCCAACAGCCCGCUUUCGGAGCUGCAAACAACAAUCUGUUCGGGCAAAAGCCAGCCGGCGGUGGGCUCUUCGGCUCCAAUCAGCCAAGCAGCACUGGCAAUGCUCUAGGUCAACCUGCUCAGUCCCAAGGCGGCAUCUUCGGCGGCAGUGAGUACGAUUGGUGUUCGAUCAAUACAGCUGCUGACGCUACGAUGGCUCCCAUCAGCGAAUGCGCUCGCAGGUCAAGCAGCCAUGCCCACUCAGGGUACCCUGAACCCACCUUAUCGCGAAACGGUCAUUUCGGAGUCGGACAAUAACAACUCCAAGGUCGGCGACUACAAGUACACCGCGAUAACCAUGGCACCUGCGUACAGAGCUGCAUCCUUCGAAGAAUUGCGUUUGCAAGACUACCAGCAAGGGCGCACAAAUGGCAAUUCUGGACCAUCGAUUGGUGGAUUUGGCGUACCUGCUCAGACGAAUCCCUUCGGACAGACCUCUCAGCAGCAGCCAGGUGGAAUUUUUGGCGCGCAGCAGCCGCAACAGAACAGCAUGCCAUUCGGCCAACAGCCGCAGCAACAGCAGCAGGCAGGGGGAAUAUUUGGGGCCCAGCAGCAGCCACAGCAGACUGGUGGAAUCUUUGGCGGCAACACCGCUGCAGGACAGACGGGCGGCAUGUUUGGCCAGAACAGCCAACAAGGCCAGCAGACCGGUGGAUUCUUCGGUCAAAACAACGCCGGCCAGCAAGGUGGUCAAGCUGGCACGUUCGGAGGAUUUGCUACCACUACGCCUCAGCAGCCUGCCGCUAACUCAUUCGGAGGGUUUGGGCAGCAAAACAACACACCAAAACCGGGAGGUCUGUUCGGCUCCAACAAUAAUGCUUUUGGCGCACCUCAACAACCCCAACAGCAGCAAAAUACAUUCGGCUUUGGCGCAAACAAUAAUCAGCAGCAGCAAGGCCAACAACAAGGCACCUCGACGUUUGGUGGAGGCACAAGUACCUUUGGAGGUUUUGGCAAUACCUCUUCGGCACCCAAACCAGGGGGUCUCUUUGGUACAGCACCUGCUGCCUCCACUGCACCGUCAUUUUCUUUUGGUGCCACAAGCUCUGCAGCUGCGGCACAGCCCAACAAGCCCGCGUUCAGCUUCGGCGGGGGGACAAACACGUUCGGCUCGAGCGGUGCGACCACCGGAUCCGCCGCUGCUCCAUCUCAGGGCCUCUUUGGACAAAGUCAGCCAGUGACCACCAGUCAGCCGGGAGGCGGUUUCGGCAGCACGGGCGGAUUUGGUGGCAACACCACGUCCCAGCCUUUUGGUCAGUCGCAGCCGGGCCAACAGACCAAUCAGCCAGCAACUUCUGGCUUCGGCUCUGGUGGAUUGUUCGGCAACAAGCCGGCCACGAGCGGUGGUCUCUUUGGCCAAAAUCAGCAACAGCAACAAUCCGGCCAGCAGCCUCCUACUGCAUCGACUUUUGGCGGAUUUGGUGGUAACAACAACAAUCCGCCCGCAGGGCAAGGCGGUGGCUUGUUCAGUGGAUUCAAUAACGGAGCGAACAAUGCCACAAAGCCGCUCUUUGGAGCUGCAUCCGCUCAGCCGUCAGGCGGUGGCUUAUUCGGUAAUGCCGGUGCGAGUCAGAGUACUGGAGGCUUGUUUGGUGCGCAGAGCCAGGCACCAGGCACAGGUGGCCUGUUUGGCCAGAGUCAGGCUGCUGGCAACGCAUCAAUGUUCGGAAACACACAGAAUUCGGGCACGUCUCUGUUUGGCAACUCUGCACAAGCCCAGCCGGCGCAGCCUCAAAUGCCGAAUUUCCAAGCUAGCCUCGUCAAAGACCCCUAUGGCACCGAUGCUCUUUUUGCUCAGCAUGCGCAACCCAAAGCAGCUGAUCCGGAUGCCGGUCUGGCACGACAACCGUACCUGCCCUUCAACGUUAGCGCUGACAAAGUGCCUCGCAAAGCUAUUCCUGCCAUCCGACCUUUCAGCCCCAAUACGAAGGGUGCGGCACGCUUCACCCGUCUGCGCGGUACCACGCCUGGUUUCAGCACUCGCGAGGACACGCCGGGUCGCGAAGGAUCACCUUCUCUCUUCGGUUACGGGUCUGCAAACGCGCGAGCGAGCCCAGCGAAGAGCCUCUUGAGAGGCCUCAGUGAUGAUUUGCCGGCUGCGGAUGGCAACCGCGCAGCUUCGCCCGGACUGCCGCUUCAGGCUUUCAAUCGCAGGAGUGGAAGCGUUCGUCGGUUGGUGCUUGACGACGAUGCUGACAAUCUUGGCGGCAGUCUCUCCACCAGAUCUCUGUUUGGCUCCACCUCGAGAGCUGGAAGUGUGGUUCCAGGCUCUAGAAAGAGCGCCACGCCUGGCGGUGAUUCUCUGUUUGGCACACGUGGAGGCACUGCUCCACCGGGUCAAGAGUCAGCACCGCGCGUGGCCUUCAGUCCCGCGCUUGAGGCGGGCGUGGCGACAAGCCGUAGGCCCAACUUGGCCGACACUAGCCGUCUGAGCGGAGCUGCGGACUCCAGCGUCAAUACGUCUGUCUUAGGCGGACGAGCUGGCGCGGAUGUCGAUACCCCAAGCAGACCACCGCUUCGAGAGGUGACAUCUGCUUUGCCCUCUCUCACCUCGACGAGGAACCGCAAGGACGAUGCGUCGGCUCCUACUACCGACCGGGAAGAUCAUCUGCCUUUGAACUACUACACUUCACCGCCUGUGUCGACCCUACAGACUUACAGCAAGCGAGAGCUUUCUGCGGUCAAGGACUUUGUUGUGGGACGUCACGGAAGUGGCUCCGUGCGAUUCCUCGAGCCCGUGGACCUUUCGAGCGUUCCGGACUUGAACCUCAUCGCAGGUGGAAUCGUCGUGAUUCGCUCACACGAGACGAUGGUGUACCCCAAAGAAGCAGAAAUUUACGUUGGAGACACGAACGAAUUGGGCGAUGGCGUGCUGGCCGAUUUCGAACCCGACGAGAUGCAUUACCCACCUGUGGGCGAGGGACUGAAUCAUGCCGCUCUCGUGAGCCUGCAAGGUCACUGGGUGCUCGACAAGGCUACGCGCAAACACAUCACUGAUCCUUCGCACGCUAGGGUCAAGCAGAGGAUCGCGAAGCUGAAAGCCGUACCUGGCACCCACUUUGAGUCUUACGAUCCCGCAGAGGGCAUCUGGCGUUUCAGAGUUGAUCAUUGGAGCAGGUACGGUCUGGAUGACGACGAUGACGAAGAUGAGGAGGAAAUGCAGGCUGAAGAUGCGAAAGCAGCUGCUGCCCGACGCGCCAACACCCCGAAGAAGAGUGUUGGCUCUGGAGUUUUCAGACCAAGACGCGCCACAUCCGCAAAGCCCGACCACGCAGAUGAUGCGGACGCGCAUUCGGAAGCAUCUAUGCGUCUCAGCGAGCUGCGAAGCCCUGAGCCAGUCACCGCACGUGACACCGAGGAUGCCACACCACGCUUUGUGCAGGCGCGCUUGCGAGCGACAAAGUCACCGACACCAGUCGGCCAGGAUUUCGAAGCGUCAUCCAGACGCAUGGCACAGCAGCCUUGGGCCGCAACGCUGGGAUUGGAACCGAGGCGCGUGCAGGUCAUGCAGGCAAGCUUCUUUGGGCAGGCGUCGCCUGCUCAGGAGACCAAACAGCAAUCAAGUGGGUCCGCUCUUCUCGGCAACCGCAAGCAUGCGCGUCGAAGCUCUCAUGGGGCUGCGCCGAUUGCCGCCGGCGUGAGUUGCGCACGAUCUUGCUGCAUACUUCGACCGCUGUGGCCCUGACCCUCGUCCACUCCCGUGCAUACAGCGCUCGACGUUCUCCACGCCAGCUUCUGCUCCGGUAGAAGCGCCUUUGACCGUCUCUGCGCCUAUUGCCAAACCGCAGAAAUUCUCGAGAACGGAAAACACCAGCUCAAUCGUAGCUGGUGCUGAACGCCUGACGAUUGAUGCUGGUUUGUCCAUGGGACGCAGCUUCCGCGUUGGUUGGGGACCGGAUGGAACUAUUGCCCACAUUGGCAAGCUCUUCGUUGGCACUCAAUCAGUGGCGUGAGUUCGCAUGUUCUCAGCGGCGAAUGGGCAAAGGGAACAUGUUACCAGACCCUUUCCGUCGAAUUUGCGAAUGAUAUGAAAUUCAUUUCCACUUUGAUCUGACGUUGAUCUGCCUGAUUUGUUCCCGUGCAGAUCUUCUUCGCGUCGCACAGAUAACUUGCCCUCUUCUGCUGUGCGCCUCGAAAAGUUGCGUCUCUUUAGCGAUCCCGAGGUGAGCCUGGAAUCUUGCCAUCUUGCGAACUGACGAGCAAGUAGUUUACGUCGUCGAUUGUUGCAUUUUCAAAGUCUGACGCAAAAAACGCGAAGAACCUGCUUGAGCGGCAAUUUAGCCACACUCAAAUCGAUACAGAGGAAAAAGAGGCAGAGGAAGGGGAGGAGGAGGGAGCUGUGAUUGAAGCGCGCCUCGAAGAUGCGACAACGCCCCUGGCCUUUUUGCGGCCUGACACGCGUUUCAAGCAUUUCGCUUCGCUUUUUGAGGCCAACGACCGUUCACACGACGCAACGAUUUGGAGGCUAGGCGCGGCGCUCUUUGACGAAAUCGACCUCCGGCUCCCAGAGGAUGCGCCAUCCGACACUUCUGCCACUGCGUUGAGCAUCAGACGUAAGGCUGUACUCUCCGCCACCCUUGCUCAUGCAGUCUCCAACACGGUGGAAGUUGAGGCGCGCUCAUGUGUCGCAGCCAAUCGACCUGCCGCUCUCAUCUUUACUCAUCUCACUGGGUACCAAAUUGAGAGGGCGUGCGUAGCAGCUAUCGAAGCUGGUGAUGUCCGACUCGCAACUCUGGUGGCGCAGGCUAGCGGAGGCGAUGAAGAGACGAGAGCAGACGUCAAUGACCAGCUGACCGUCUGGAGACAGCAAGCGGCCCUGGCUCAUAUUUCCAACGAUCAUCGGCGAGUCUAUGAGGUUCUGGCGGGCAACGUCACACUCUCCGAGGGCAUCGACGCAGCUCAACAGAGGCGCGCAAAUGACCCCGUCGAUCGAGCGGACGACAUUCAAAUCCCAGCCGAACUGGAUUGGAAGCGAGCUUUUGGACUCCACCUGUGGUAUGAUACGGCGCACUCUGACCCUCUCAGGUCUGUAGUAGAACGCUACGAAGCCGCAGUCGGUGGUCGAGGUGGCACUGCGCCUCCUUUACCACCGUACUUGGAAUCUAGUCAGAAAGGUUCGCUCCAGCUGCGCUCGACGAUGCUAAAGUCUGACUAUGCUAGAGAUGCUCUUUUCCAGCUCAUCAAGCUUUCCGCGAACUCCGACUUCCAGCUGGAAGACGCUCUCCGCCCAAGAGGGUUCGGUGCUGCUCUUGCAGACCUCCGACUGCCUUGGCAUCUCUACCAGCUGCUCUCCCGUGUCCUGCGCAUUCGCGACUUUGAUGACAGAUUGGACCUGGGCGUCGAGGUAGAAGAAGAGGGCAUACAAGGCCAUAGCUCGCGUGCAGACAGCUUGACAUCCAGCUACGCCUUCCAGCUCGAGUCUCUUGGCCUGUGGACAUGGGCAGCAUUUGUUCUCUUGCAUCUCGAGUUUGAAGCAAGCCGCGAAGCGGCGAUCAAGGCUUUGCUUGCCCGCAACGUGCUCAAGAUCACCAACGAAGGAUCGGAGGAGGAGGACUUUUUGCUGUCGCAUCUGAGCAUACCUGAAGCGUGGUUGCACGAGGCGAGGGCGCAUGAGGCUUGCUACCGCAACGAUCGGUUUGCUCAGUAUGAGUCGCUGCUCGCGGCACGGGACUAUGCCUCUGCUCAUCGCGUAGUUGUGCGUUAUCUUGCGCCGGAGGCCAUCAUCCGUAACGAUUUGCACGUACUCGUGAAGCUUUUCGCCUCCUUCACCGACGCUCAUCCCAACGGCGGCCUGGACGACCUGCCGGGUUGGAAAUUGGGGGGCCGCGUCUACCUUGACUAUGCAGCUUGCAUCCGCCAAAUUCCCCACCUGGUGGGACUCAACAAUCAGAAUCGACUGCCACCGCCUGAGAAGGCUACCCUCGCUCGGCUCGUGUCGCGCUUGGCAGAGCUUCUCGAGCUCGUUCCCGGCCUCUUUCAAGACGUAGAAAGCAGCCUCACACACAAAGUGGCAAAAUGCGAAAGUGAGUAUCCCGUGAGCCGACUUUGCCAUCGGCACGACACAUGGAACUUGACUGACGCCCAUCUUGGAUGUGACUGCGCUGUCGUAGUGCUGGCAAGUCUUCACAACCUUGCUCGUGCCACGCAGUCCAUUUCGGAAGUGCCAUUGGCCCCGUGGGACAGCAGCGGCCCCCCUCGCACAAACGAGCUGCAAUACGCGGCCAACGAGCACCUAAAAUUGCUGAUCGGGUCAUUUGCCUAA